UUCAGGCACGGGGAGCAGUUUUACAAAAUGGCGGCCCUCAGGGAAAGCCAUUGAUUGUGUGCAAUUCCUGUUUUAUGCAGCGAAUUCUGUAGUUUUCUUCCCCUUGGUUUAAUAGUCAUGGUUAAAUGCCGAUGGGAUCUCAUUGCAUCAGAGUUACAGCACCAGGAAAGAUAAUCCUUCAUGGAGAACAUGCAGUCGUUUACGGAAAGGUGAGAACGUCUGUCAAGUCUACCAAGACCAGCACAUACAUCAUUCCGUUUUGUAAAUAUCAUCGUGAUAAAAACCCUGUUCUGUUACAUUAUCCAUCACUUUCCUUUGCACAGAAAGCUGUUGCAACUGCCAUUGGAUUAAGGACUGUAGUGAAGCUUGAAUCACAGAGAGAUCAACAUGUUAGACUCAGUUUGCAGAACUUCAACAUUACUUGCAAAUGGAAACAAGAUGAGCUUCAGAAAGAUGUCAACAGGCUUCUUGGUUAGUCCUUCCCCCUUUUUAUUUUCUUUUUCCUUUUUGUUCUGGCUUAACUGCAGAAUACCCUUCCACUUUCAAGCAACCCCCAACGAAUUGGUGGAUAAGGAUCAGUCACUGCGUAUCCAAAUAAUUACAGUGUAUGCACUUUGUCACUUCAUAUCCGCGUAUCCACUUAAAAAAAAUCACUGCAUAUCCCAUUAUCCACAUAUCCACUUCCAGUUUUCUCUCUAAAUUUCAGCUCGGCAGGCAAGGAACCAUUCAUUGCUAGUGAGGCAAAAAAUAUGUGUCAGAGAUGUACUUUCUUGGAAGGGAGAUGGGGUAGUGCCGUGGGGGACUUGGCCCUGCCCUUGGGAGCUAAGUUCUCUGAAACAUUAUUCCCUCCUUUUAAGAUCGACCAUAAAACUCCAAAAAUUCCCCCCGACAUGUAUAAGCCCCUCCGAAAACAAAAUGCAAAAACACCUCCGUUAAAUCACCCCUCCAAAUGGCCCCUGUGGGCUUAUACUUGGAAAUUGUCCUCAAAUUCAAAAAACAAACAAACAAAACAAAAACAGUGUACAGUAACACGUGAAUUUGCCAAAGAACUAUUAGUUUAUCAGUUUAUUUCUGUUUGAGUAGUUCGCUCUUCGCUCUUGGCUUAAGUUUUUUUUUUUAAUAAGAUUCAUAAUUUUUUGGUAUGAACAGAGUUCUGUACUUAAUCACUGACAUUACUUUACCUUUGAACUGAGUAUUGCAUUUUAGUAAAUGAAUUUACAGUUGUGUUUUAAGUUUGCAUGGCUCAGUUUUAAAAGGUCUAGGUCCUCACAGUGAGUUCAGUCAGUGAAAACUUCAUGCAAAUUACUGACAUAAAUUUUCUUCCACCUAUAAGAUAGCCUAAUCAAUUUUGAAAUGCAAAUUUCCCUCCAAGCAUAAGCAUAACUGAUUUUGGAACAAAAGAAAUAUAAGCCAAAUCAUCCAUUGUCAUCUUAAGGCAACAAUUAUUAAAAACGUUUGAUUCCGUUUUGCCACUCAGUAACUUUCCAGAUUUUAAUUGCUGCUAUUUUCUUUUUUACUGAUUGCAAUGAGUUGAACUUGCACAAACUGCGUAAAUUAACCAGCUCUUUUAAUUUUUGAACCUAAUUGGUUUAUACAGCUACAUCUUCUAUGGAUUAACUCACAUGUUAAUGAGCAAAAAUGUAAACAAUGAUGUCACAAUGAAUCCGGCUACACACUUAUAUGCAUAUAAAGCUUGUCGUAUUUGUAUUUGUCGUUCUUAAUGCCUUUGAAGGUGAAAAGUGCAUAAAAGCAAUAAUUGCGUAUCAGCUAUUUCAGGGUUACAGCUUCAAAGUGAUAAGGUUUUCUGCAGUUACUCCUUUUUUGUAUGUUUGUUUGUUUGAUUUUUAGGGCAAUGAAAAGAGCAAUGAAAAGCAGGCUAAAAUUGAGCAAGAUCACAUGUUUUCAUCUUGUUCUCUCUGGAUAUGCUAACCUACCCCAUAAUUUCACAAAUUAUUUAGUUUGUAAUGUGAUCACUCUUCUUGUCAAUUGAGCCUAGUUGAAAAAUGUCUCACCAGUGUAAAGGGAGUUCCAUCUUUCCCCUUUUAAUAAAUUGUUAUACAACAUGAAUUUUAAAGCAUCUGAAAUAUGAGAAAUAGGACUAUUGUCACAAGUUAUAAAAAAUUAGCCCAAAUACCAACAAACUUCCCUUGUUUCCCUCUAUUUACCCAAAACAGACAGAAGAGUUCAAACUAGACGCACAACUGUGUGACCUUCAGGGCUUCCCUUGAGCAAAUUUUGCCAGAUAAUAAAUUUCAAAUGAGUAAGAUUCGUGUCGGAAGUUAGUCUUCAAAGGCAAUGGAUAGUGAAAUAUUAGAACAACAGUCCAUAUGCAUAAACAUUAUGCUUGCGUGACUAUAAUGUAUUAAAUUGCAAUUUAUUCACCUUAGGAAAGUGGCCAUGUGCUUUGAUUUAGUCAGCUGACACUGACCUGUUUUACGCAUACUUGCAUACUAUCUUGUGCAUGCACCAGAGUGCAAUUUGUGCCAGAAUGAAACACCAAGCCCAUUUUUGAGCCCAGGCAUUUCCUUCAAAAGCCCAAACAAAUAGAAAGACAUAAAGGUGAUGUUACACAGGAGGAUUCGCAACGACGAUUUUUAGUGCAACACUGCUUUGCAAUAUUGGAACCAUGCUUAAUCCAUUCAAAACAAUGAUGCAACAAUGGUGUUUCACUCUGUCAUGGUAACAAUCAGUGUUGCUCAUCAUCUCAUAUAACACCACCUUGGUGAAGAAGUUAUAGGUUUCCAUCUGGGGGGUGGGGGGAUUCAGGAAUUUUUGGGUGGGAAUGUGCCACUGGGACCAUGGAACCCUUAGCCUCCUGAGCUAGUUCAGCUGAAUUUUACGACCCUCUAAUGGAGAUACCUCCCCAAAUGCCCCCUAUCCUAUGGUAGCAUUUUCCAGAAACUACUGAGGUGACUAAGCACCGUCCAGCCAGAACAAAAUCUUCAACCAAUUGACCACUCCACCCGUGGGAGUUAAAAUGGCCCCAAGAGAAACUGAAAACAAUGCUCAUGCAAAAUUUUGGGGUGACAAACAAAGAGCAUUAUGGUAUGUUAUGUUAUUUUCUGGAGUGGUCAAUUAAUCAGUUUCCUGGAAAAUGAUACCCCAUUCUAGACCUUAACUUAGCUUUAUUAUUCCAUCGUUCAUGUAAGUACUGACUCAGUAAAGGCAAAGCCCAGGGCUUAUACGGCCUGUGGUGAGAAUGACAGAAAUUAGUUUUAUAUAGAAAAGGAGACUGUAGGCUAAAUUAAGAAAAACUGAAACAAGAUAUGAAACUAAGAUUAAGUAAGCUUACAUGCAUGCAGUCCUAUAAGACUGAUGACAAAUAAACUAAAAAUAAACCCAUGAGAAUCUGGCACUAAUUCAAUUCAGGCUUAAAAAGUAAAGUUUUAGGUUCUUUUUAAAGUUAGUGGUAGUGACACUGUUAAGGACAGCGAAAGGGGAUAUCAUUCCAAAUAAUCAGGGCUUGACAACUAAUAGCAAAUUGAUACCUGAGGGACAUUGUUAUGCAAGUUAAAACAAGAAUGAGUUAGAUAAUCAUGAAAAUCAUGAUUAAAGACCCAAACUCCCCCUAUUUGUAUACCUUACCCCAGGGUAAACUGCUUUAAAACCUUACCCCUUACAGCAGCACAUACCCAAAUAGACCAAAUGUGUCAGCGCCCCCAGGGUUUCCACUUAUAUAUUGACUAUCUAUUACUGUUUCAGCUUUUUCAGGUUGUUCUCAUGAGGCAACAGAGUUGUUCAACAAAUUUGUAGAACACUGUCAACAAAUGGAAGAAACUAAGAAGGUUAUGAUAAAUGCAAUCAGGGUUUUUGUUUUCCUAGUUGGAAAGAUUGUGAAAGACGUUAACAGGUGAGUGGCGCGGGGGGUACUUCUUACAACGACUGAGGCUCCACCUGAAAGGGUUGCCUUUUUAAGGGUUCAGGUAUAUGAAAGGGUAGGCCGGGCUGUCGUUACAAUAGAGAGGAAAAGUCGUUAUGUCACGUUGCCAUGGUAGCAAAAUUUUUGGAUGAAACAAACCGAUUAAGUCACUUUAAAGUCUAUUCACACUAUUUCAAACUUCACUGAUCAGAUCUUGGGGAAACUUUCGUGGGAUCUUAUAUAUUGUUAUUUAAGUUUAGAAAAAUAAAACAACAAUUUUUUUUUGUUGUGUUCACCUACUCCAUAAAGCAGGCUUGUGAAAUUAGGAAGUUUCAUGUCGUAGUGGUGAAACAAUGGCAACGAAAUGUACAAAAUAGCAUCUUGUUGUUUGUGAAUAUAAACAUAUUAUUUUGUGCCAUUCUCCUUGCUGUCACCGUCAUCGUUGGUUUUGUUGUCAUCCAGAAAUAGUGUCACCAUGGUAACAUGAUGUCACACUUCUCCUCUCUAUUGUACAGCUAGGAAAUUCUGUUGGUUUUAUUCUCCUCUUGUGUCCUAUAAGAGUAGCCAAGGCUCACACUCAUAGUAGCUGGGGAAAAUCCCUGACCCCCAGCUCUUAGUGACAGCCCUGGGUAGGGAUUCCUGGAGUUGAAUUAUAUGAAAGGGUAGGGAAAUCUGUCAUUUUGCUCUGUAAAAAGGCCAAAAACGGUUAUGAUCCCUGUCAAAUGCAUUUUAUGGCUGUGAAAAAGUUUAGUGGAUGUUUCAGUUUUGUGAUUCAUGCAAACAGUUGACUGCUGAUAACUCAAGCCCUCGUUAACUCGAACCGAAGUCGAUUUCCCCUUUAUUUCCUUCAUACAUUAACCUUUUGAGCCCCAAUAUCCAUUUACAAAUUCUCCAAACUGAUCUCUAUACAUUUCCUUCAAGAAGAAGUUGAGAGAAUUUGAUAAAAGAUCACGGCAUUUUUCCUUAGGUGAUCAUUUUAUUAAUUCUCAUAACCUAAUCUCUUGACAUUGUAUGGAUAUGAUUAGGAGAAAAUUGAUGUUAGUCACUAUUGGGACUUAUAGGGUGAACUGUAAUACCCUUGGUAACUCAAACCCAUGUACAUGUUCUUAUGGGGAGUGUAUGGAAGGGAGGGGUACCUGUGCAGUGCAUAUGAAAAUGCUAUAAUAGACCAUUUUGCAGUUGUGGACUAAGUACCCUAGCGUUCUAGUGAAUGUGAGGCUGAGGUUGACCUUGUUCUGAUACAUACCUACUUUGCUUUGUUAUGAAAAUUGUCCUUGAAAAAUACUAGUUAGCAUAAGAAUAACUUGAUUUACAAAGUAAAGCAGGAAGGUUUGUAUCAAAACAAUGUCACCUCCAGCCUCGCUUCCAUUCAUAACUGUAAAAUGGGCUAUUCCCUCUAUAUUUAACAUAACAUAACAUAACAACUUCAUUUAAAUGUUGAUCUCUAGCUUUAAAAGUUAAUUGGGGACGCUAAAAUAUUAGGAAAAAAUUAUAAAAUGAGUUUAUACAUGGUAUCAACAGGUAAAUUUGUAAUUCUCUAAAAUCUCAAAUUCAAAAGUUGAAAUUUAAAAGAUAAAAGAUUAUGGAGUCAUCCCCACUAAAAUAUACAGAAAAUACUAAAAAUAUUUCUUAAAAUUCUCAAGAACUACAAGGGCUGAUCCAGGAUUUUUCUUAGGAGGGGGGUGCAGCACUAAGUAAUAAAAAAUGUAACUGACCGAUGACAUAAACAAAUUUUUAUACAGAAUACCAGUUGUAUUACAAAGCCGCAGGUCAUCUCAGGGGGAGGGGAUGAGCACCCCCUGCACCCUCCCCCUAGAUCCACCCCUGUUAAAUGAUGUUAGGUAGAAAUGGCAAGGUGCAAACUAUGUCCUGUAGUCUCAGAACAUCAGGGCUCGAAAUUAAAAAAAUCCUCAGGUUGCCUUUUGGCGACCAACUGUAGAAGUAUAGUCGCCAGAUGCAAAUUUUUAGUCGCCAGUUUGUAUAAUGUAAAUGACGCAGCUCAUAGUAAUAAGUAUGGUGUGAUGCAUCAGAUUGAAAGCAAAGCAAGCAAGUUGAAUAAUGUUUUGUUUUAACUUUACUCUUUUAAUUUAAUUCUAAAUCAUAGAGAAACGUGGUCACCAAUUUGGUGACCAAACCAGAAUUUUAAGUCGCCUAGGAGAAAAUGUUAGUUGCGUUGGCGACCGUAUCAGUCGCAAUUUUGCGCCCUGUAACAUACAUGUAUAUGUUGUAAGUUAAUUUGUUUCCUAGACCAAUCUCCUGACCAAGCCUCCAUGACAAAAUCUUUCCACACUUUUCUGUCUGGCAUUGCCCUUUGUCAGUUAAGCUUGAAAAGGUAGUUUUGAUCCACGCAAGUUUAUUGAAAAUUUAAAGUACUAAAUGUGUAAUUUGAAUUCGCCAAAAAACCUCACCUGCCCAUUGGGCAAGUUAAGAACAGAACUGGCUAUCAGACAGGACUUUCUUUGCACGCCACUGUUUGAUCAUUUGUUCUGGUGCAAUUUCUCUAUCAUUGACAGACUGGGUUCCUUCUCAGUUGAAAUUAACUCGUCAAUUCCUAUUGGUGCUGGUCUUGGUUCUUCGGCAUCUUACAGUGUCUGCCUUGUCACAGCCCUCCUAGCAGCCAUGGAAGCAAUUCCUUCAGUUCAGGAAACAACAACUGCUACCUUAUCCGUUGCCGAGAGUGAGGGAACUAUUUCUCUGCCUCAUCAAGAUCUUGCAUUAAUCUGUGACUGGAGCUUAGAAGCUGAAAAGCUAGUUCAUGGGAACCCAUCAGGAGUAGACAAUUCUAUUUGUACAUAUGGUAAGUUGAAAAGACUUCUUCUUUAACCGUGGCAGGAUUAGCUCAGUCGGUAGAGUGCUUGACUGCAGAGCAGGAGGUCGCAGGUUCAAUUCCAGGACUGAACCAACACUCAGGGUCUUAAAAUGACUGAGAAAUGGAGGUACUGCCUUUGCCCUGCAAAUGGCUAGACCCUUGCAUGGCUCGGAUAACCACGUAAAAUGGCGGUCCCGUCUCCAGUAUUAGACAUAAAAAUGUAGUGUCCCCAUUUAGUGCUAAUGACACAAGGGCACAUUCAGUUGAUGGUUUUCUGGAUAAUAGAGUACAUGGAAUGAAUUUUCCUUGUUUUUAUCCCAGUAUUCUUGUGUGUUUUAAUAAAGUCAUUAACAGUUAUGUUUUUGCAUGCUUUUAUUUCUCAGGAGGGGCUCUAACAUUCGAAGAUGGCACUUUAAACUGUUUGACAAGGUAACUUUAAUGGUGGUCGUACGCAAUGAACUUAAUGCCCCUUCCAGGGAUGUCACUAAGAUUUCAAGCUGCCUGGUAAAUACAACAAGUUAGCAGGAAAUCAAACAGCUAGGGAUUUCUGUUGGUUCCAUUUUUCUUCUAUUUUUCAAUGAAAGUUGCCGGGGGCCAUGUUCAUAAUAGCCGGGAAAAUCCCAAGCCCUCAUCUCUUCAUAACAACCCUGCCCUUCAGUCCUGUACUAUUGACAAGUUUAUAUUUUUUGUUUAUUAUUAUCCCUGUACUACUGGGCAUCAGUCAACAAAACACUUGCCAUGGGUAAACCAUUCAGUCAAAUCAAUUUUUCUUUAGACCAAGGAGUAAUAAUGGGUUUAUACGUUCUUGUAGCUUGUUGAAUGUACCACUUUGUUUGUCUAGUUGUCUUAGCAACAAGAUAUGAGCAGCUAAGAGCAAAAUCAUAAUAUGAUCUAAAUGUAAGUUUCGUAUUCUUUUACACAGGAUACCUCAACUAAAGAUUCUCAUAACUAAUACUAAAGUUGCUCGCAGUAUUAAGGACUUGGUGUCAGGUCUCAGAGAAAGAUAUCAGCAGGUAUUUUGUUUGGAAGUAGGGUAUACAUGUAGUUUAGUCAGUGAAAAGAGGGAAUUAUACCAUGAUUAAUCAUAACUAUCACAAAAUUCUCAAAUCUGAUUGGCUAUCAACUGUCCUGAUUUCAGCACUAAAAGUGUAAUAGGACAGCAUGUGUCAUGCUCCUGUGUAAUUGGACAGUAUAUGCACCAUCAUGGCUUUUUUCUUUCACUGCCAGAAAACUCUUUGAAUUUUUUGAAUUUUUUAUUUUUGAUUAAUUGUUGGUGACAGAACUCCAUUUCACAGCUAGGCAAGUUUGCCUUUGUUGAACAGGGUAGCCAAAAUAAUGCAACAUUGUUGUUCACUCCUGAUAAUUAAAAAUUGUUGAAGACAACGUUUGGUGGAAAUCAAACUUCAGUCAUUAUCAUUCAACUUCAUGAAACAUGGUGCAACAUUGUUCAACAUGGUGUCCAAAAAUAUGGAAUAUGUUGGCCCAAUGAUGUUGAACACCAUUGCAUCACUUGUUCAGCCGGGUUUAAGGUUAAAGGUUUGUUCAUAGUGGAAGUGCACUUAGCUUAUCCAGCUAGUUUACAGGCACUCCACUCAAAUAACUAGAAACAAAUAAUUCAAAUACAACAUAACAGGAUUAAAAACCCCAACUGGCAGGAGGCAAACAGUUGGCUAUUUACAAGAGUGGCCAACGAUUUCAACUUGUAGCUUGCGUAGCUGGUGGUUUUUGUUCCACACGUGUAAAAAUUAAAAAUGUGAAGCCACCAGAAAAAUACAGUGUGUAAAACCAUUGUUUUCUCAUUGUUCUCACCUCAAUCUCUUUGCGGCUUCAUGACUUGCUUGCUCAUUUGCAUGUUCAACAAAUAAACCCACCAGCCACACAGGCUCCAUUGAACUUGAAUCAAUCGAGAACAAAUCCAGGUAUUGGUUAGCGCAGGAAUUGAAACCGGGACCACUGUAAUGUGAGUCUGAUGCAGUGAACACCUGGCAAUGUUGUCUCCUUUCGUGUAGGUGAUAUCAUCUACAUGUGUUGUGCUUUACCUCUCUCUCUCUCUCUCUCUCUGUUUAUCAGCUUCCAGCUGUGUAUAGUCCCUUGUUUGAUGCCAUUGGUGCUAUUGCAGAUGAGUGCUGUGUUUGUCUAGAGAAGCUCUCUCAUGCUCAAGGUACAGUGCCUAGGGGGGGUACUCCUUUUUAUAAACCAUAUACUAAGGUAUGUGCCGCUCCAAGGGGUGUGGUUUUUGUGCCUUUAUGGUCUAAAAAUGGGUAUAGAUUUUGCCCAUUUUGGUCUGGAAUCGGGUAUGGUAUUUGGGGCAACUACAGGAGUGUAUGAACGUAUUAUUUUAUCGUUUCAAUUCCAAAUGAAUAAGAAAGAAAGAGAAAUAUGCGAAUUCAAAAUGGAUUUGAAGAAUUUUUUUUGUUUGUGAUCUAAUCUAAGCAAUGAUGACAUAAUUUCUGCCUAAAGGCCAAGUCUGAAAACAGGUAUGGUUCUUAGAGGUCUGGUUUAAAAACAGAUGUGGAAAAUGACUUUUUUGGUCUGAAAUAGGGUCAAGAUUUGGGGAACUGGGCGGUACACCCCCGCUAAGAAUUCCCAGGAGUACCCUCAAGAUACAGUGCAAGUAACUACAAUGCAAAUGUAGAAUUAGCCUUGCUUUUCUAUAUGGUAUUCAGUAAAAUUGUACCCGAUAAUUCUGGCAUGUGAAAAAUCAUGUUACCCUACGCUGCAGAAUGAUGGUCUAUUCAACUCGCUGAGGAUGUAGCUUUUUGCUUGAGUUCCAAUAAAGUAACCUUGGUUGGAAACCUGAUUCGAUCGAGAGUGGAUUUUACCUACAGUUAGAAUGCAAGGCAGGUAUAUUUUAGUAACCUGUGAUCAGGUGUCCUUCUUCCCUUUUUGUUUGGAAGACAAGGGGACAAAACACCUGAUCGUAGGUUAAUCUUUUGGGUGCGCAAAAGUUCUUAUUGCAGAGGUGAUUUUUGAAAAACUUUUGUUUUCUUUUUUUUUUUCACUGAACAGCCAAGGCAAACACUACCUGGCCAAAUCUCCGAGAACACUAUGGUGUGUUAGAGGUAGAUAUGUCUCAUGACUCUACUACCUUAAGAGUAACGACAUAAGGUGACCCUAUAAUUAUACUGUAUUACUGCAUGCUUGCUAAAGCAACUCAAGUAGCCACUCCCGCAGGUUUUUUAAUCAUAUUUUUUUUCUCUCGGCUUGUUUUCCCCUUAUGCCCUCUGCUGGCCCUUUACAUUUAAUUGAGAUUGGCGACAUUUAGCCAUAUACAAACAGCAAGGUUAAAUUUAGGGAAGAUUGAUCGAGUUGGAUUGACUGUCAAAUCCAUCCUUACAUUUCUGUCCUAAGACCACACUUUUACAGUGAAACGGGGAAAACCGUAAGCACCAGAAAUAUUUCAGGAAUGUUAUUGUGUUGCAAGAAAAAAGCCAAUCCCUCAUGAGAAAACUGAACAGCAAGCAAGGACGUUAAUAAGAUUGUGGUUUUAAGGGUAGUUCGCAUGUCCUGAUCUUUGCUGUGAUAAGUCGUAACACAAUAAACAUUCCUGAGAUAUUUCAAGCGUUCACGGUUUUCCCAGUCGCUCUGUAACAGAGCUAAGGCAUAUCUGAAUAGGCUAUUUCAUGCAUGCAGUGGAUGAACAUGUUCAGCUGUAUUUUCACAUACUUCGUUUGAUGGCAUCUGUUUAUAUAACACACAGAAGCUUAUUGACCUGAACCAACAGUUGCUUGUAACGUUAGGAGUUAGUCACAGCUCACUGGACGAGCUAUGUUGUGUGACAUCCAAAUAUGGUCUACAUUCCAAGCUGACAGGAGCCGGUGGGGGAGGAUGCGCUUUUACUCUUGUCACACCAGGUAACAUUAAAGGGACAGAAUUGUGUAAACUACGC